AUGUUGGGAAGACAUACAUAUGAUGCAAUUGCAGAACUUAUUGAUAAAGUACUCACUGAAUUUGACUUACAAAAUAAAACCACACUGCUUGUAACAGACAAUGCAGCAAAUGUUGUAAAGGCAUUCAAAAUAUAUAACACUAAUGAAAGUGAUAGAAGUGGGUUGAGUGCUUGUAGUACUGGAAGGAAUACAGUCAUUGAAGAAACCGAAAAUGAUGAAGUACUGAGAACUAUAAACAUAACCGAUAUUCUCGAUAAUGGUGAUGAUUUUGAUGAAUCAUCAGAAAUAAAAUUACCCAAACACCAAAGAUGUGCAGCACAUACAUUAAAUUUAAUAGCUACAGUAGAUAUCCAAGAAGCUGAAAAAGAUGGUACUUAUAAAGUUAACAGUCGACGUGCAUUUAGUAAAUGUCAAGCUAUUUUCAAUAAACAAAAUCAGUCCUCACAGUGCGCUGAUAAAAUCAAAGAAAUUCUUGGACGAUAUCUCAUAACACCAAAUGCCACAAGAUGGAAUUCUUUUUACGAUGCAAUUAAAUGUAUUGUGGGCAAUAUAACAAAAAUGGAUAAAGUAUUCGAAGUAGUUCAACUACCACCUUUUGCAGUUCAAAGAGACGUGUCAUUUUUAAUUGAGUAUUGCAAGGUAAUGAAACCUAUUUCAAUAGCAUUAGAUGUGUUACAAGGGGAAAAUCAUGUGUGUAUUGGAUAUCUUUUACCAACUAUAACAGCUGUAACAAAAGAAUUGAAUGAAUUAAACAAUUUAAAUUACUGUAGACCAUUAGUUAAUGCUCUCAAAAAUGGAUUAAAAAAAAGGUAA